GGCGGAGUCAGGUGAAGCAGCAGCAAAGCGAGGAGGAGGUCGCCACUUGACUUUGGUUUUUUAAGGACAUCUGAAAACUUCUCAAGGAUUUCUAUCAUUACAUACAGUAAGAUGGAGAAGCAGCCCCUGCCAACUGACGAUGACAGGACAGGAACCACAGAGUCGGAGAUCGACGGUUACGCCGCUGAGGAGAACCAGCAGGACUCGUCUGAGCCUGUCGCUCGAGCAGGGUGGAACAGUAAAAUAGAGUAUUUUUUGGCUCAGGUUGGAUUCAGCGUCGGGCUCGGCAACGUCUGGAGGUUUCCAUAUUUAUGCCAUCAAAAUGGAGGGGGAGCUUUCCUCCUCCUGUACGUGCUGCUGAUGCUGGUUGUGGGGAUUCCCUUGUUCUUCCUGGAGCUGGCGGCCGGUCAGGCCAUCCGACAGGGCAGCAUCGGAGUGUGGAAGUUCAUCUCCCCCAGGCUGGAAGGGAUCGGCUACUCCAGCUGUGUGGUGUGUUUCUUCGUGGCUCUCUACUACAACGUGAUCCUUGCAUGGAGUCUUUUCUAUCUUGGGAGCUCGUUCCAGCACCCUUUACCUUGGGAACAGUGUCCAGAACAGGGGAAUGUAACAGUAAAAGAAUGUGAAAAGAGCUCCCCCACAUCAUAUUUCUGGUACCGCAAAGCUUUGGAUAUCACAGACUCGAUAGAUGAGACGGGUUCUUUCAACCCUUACAUCGUGUGCUGUCUGCUGGCGGCCUGGACCAUCGUGUGCCUGGGGAUGUUCAAGGGUAUCAAGUCUUCUGUCAAGGUUAUGUACUUCUCCUCCGUCUUCCCCUACGUGGUGCUGUUCUGCUUCCUCGUCCGAGGGCUCCUGCUGGACGGGGCCUGGGAGGGAAUCACCUAUAUGUUCUACCCCAAGCUGGAAAUCUGGGGAAACGUGCAGGUGUGGCGGCAGGCAGCCACGCAGGUCUUCUUCGCUUUAGGUCUUGGCUUCGGGUCCAUUAUCGCCUACUCCUCCUACAAUCCCAAGAACAACAACUGCCACCGCGACGCCUUCACCGUCGCCACCAUAAACUUCCUCACAUCUGUGCUGGCCACUCUGGUGGUGUUCGCCGUGCUCGGCUUCCGCGCCAAAGACAAGACCAUGGCAUGUGUGGUCAGUAAUAUGAAGGAGUUAUCAGAGCAGUUUCUCAGCGGUAAUUUGGACACAAACCUGAUGCCAAAGUUCAACUAUUCUGAUCCUAGCUCUGUGGCUCUGGAGGACUACAGGUCCUGGUUUGAACAGUAUGGAAAUCAGGUCCCUGGCAAUUUAACAGACUGUGACCUGGAAAAACAGAUGCAGCAGGGCGUGGAGGGCACAGGCCUUGCUUUUAUUGCCUUCACCGAGGCCAUGUCGCUCCUGCCCGGCAGCCCCUUCUGGUCAGCGCUCUUCUUCCUCAUGCUGCUCAACUUAGGGCUCAGCACCAUGUUUGGCACUAUGGAGGGCAUCCUCGCCCCGCUCACUGACCGCUUCAAAAUUCUGGCCAACAACAAAACCAAAUUCACGAUUUUCAGCUGCCUCAUCGGCUUUCUAAUCGGCCUGCUCUUCACCCAGCGAUGUGGGAACUACUUUGUGACGAUGUUCGAUGAUUACUCCGCCACGCUGCCCCUCAUCAUUGUGGUGGUUUUUGAGGCCAUCAGUGUGUCUUGGCUGUAUGGAGCUGAUAGGUUCCUUGAUGACUGUGAGGCAAUGCUGGGCUGGCGUCCCUAUGUGAUUUACAAAUACCUGUGGAAAUACAUCUGCCCGUUGGCUAUGAUUGGGCUGCUGGGCGCCACCACCAUUCGCAUAUUCAUCAAACGCCCCACUUAUCUGGCAUGGAACCAAGAGAAGGCUUCUGAGGAGUACCUGGAGUACCCGGGCUGGGCUCUGGCUGUUAUGGCUCUUCUUAUCAUAUUUGCUAUGAUGCCCGUCCCAGUGGGCUUGAUCCACGCUGUUCUGCAGGACAGAACAAGGCGAACAGCCAGAGAUACAGAGACUGGUCAGUACAGCGUUGUUAGCACCGAUGACAUGUGUGAUUCUCCCAUGACUGACAUGUCAGAACUGGACCGAACGAACGGGACCGCUGCUUCCUUCUCCUAAACGCGGGACAUGAUGUUACACAUGACUUGUCAACAUUUCAGUGGGCCAUUUUGAAGGACAAUUGAAUUAUCUCACAGCUUUAAGUGGGAAAAUGGGGGCAAAAGAUUCCUUAUUUUAAUAUUUAAAACAUUUUUCCACUUCUUUUUUUUUUUUACUGAAGUCCAUCCAAAGUAUCCAGAGAACAAUACUUUAAAAAAAUACUACUGCUCCAACAAGAACAACGUAAACAAAAGUUUGUACAAUGGAAAAUAUGGAACAAAUAACUUAUUGCUGCGUGGUAAAACAAGGUAGAAUAACUGUUGAUUGUUACAGAGUUGUUGUCCAAAUGAGCAAAAAAAAACAAUGUGUUUUCAGUAUAUGUAUAUUUGUCGUCCAUUUAUCUUUAAAUAUCUUACAUGUUUCACCUUUUUAUAAAAGCACUCUUAUGUGAGAUUCACCAUCGUUUCAAGAAUCCAUACAUGCCACUAUGGCAAUGAAAAGUUAUCAUCAUCUUACCAAAAGGUUCAAAAGUCUCUGUUGCAUGUGUUUAAAGCUCUUGUUUGUUUUUUACCUUUUUAUAAUGCACUCUUUUACAGCACAGUGAAUGUGACAAUUGUUACGGAAAUUGUUUUAGGCUGAUUUGAGUUGGAGUUACAACAAAAAAAGCUGAGCCUGAAUUAAAACUGAAUCUGUGUGUAAGGCAACAAGAGGUACAAUGCAUACUGUUACAUCAGGAAAGAGCUAAUUCAGCUAUGUUGAGAUUUGUGACAGUAUUAAUGCUAUUCACUACACAGAAGCCAUUCGACCAUGUUUACAGCAACAAAAAAAAAAAAACAGAGUCACUGAUUUGGUUGUACAGUUUGAUAUUAUACUGUAGGUAUAUUGUAAUUCAUACAGGUAAUGGUAUGUUAACAUUCUCUGUUCAAACCAACCUGAAAUCCCUCCGCUGUUACACAGCAUCAGAGCAUUCGGUUUUACGGUGAUUGUUAUUUUAAGAUCACUGUUGUUUUUUUAUUGGUAAAAAAUAUCAAGUCAGGCUCUGAAACGUGUAAAUUUCCAUCAUCCUGUCGUGUUGAUUUCUGUGAUUUCAGACAAAACCAGUCUAUCAAUCAUUGGCACAAGGACUGUUGGCAGCCUACUGCCUGAUCUUAGCCGGUUUGUCAAGUGACAGCAUGGUACAGAUAUUAAGGUAAACCCUUAUUUGUAAUGUAAAUAUGUAAAUAGUGCAAGUAGAAACUCUUCAAGAAAAUCAUUUUUCUGUCAUUUGUUAUUUGUAAAUUGGAAAUUUGCAUGAUACGUUUUUGUUUUCUUAAGCUCACGUUUAGGAGGAAACAAGUUGCAUGUUGGAUUAAACAGGCUGGACAAAGACCACUGACCAGACAACGUAGUCCUUUACUUCAGAGUUAAAGGAACAGUGUGUAACAUUUAGGGGGCUCUAUUAGCAGAAAUGGAAUAUAAUAUUCAUAUUGUUUUCAUUAGUGUAUAAUCACCUGAAACUGCUGGUGAUGCCACUAAAUCCUACACACUGCUCCUUUAAGUGAAGACUAUGAUGUAAUUUAUGUGUUUAUUUUGUAAAAAUACUUUUUUAAACUUACAUUUUCAGUGGGUUACUAUCAACAUGAAUUGAACUCAUGCUGUUUUGUUUGUAUAUUUACCAAAACUAAGUGCCUUCAGAUUGAAUUAGGCUGAUGAUGAUGAUGAUGUUAAAGGCAUUCCAGCAUAUGUAUAGUUUUAAAGACAUUUCUUUUGAUAGAUUUCACUUUUCAAUUGUGUAUUUAGUCUGUGGUCUGUAUAAAAUGAGUUUUUAAGAAAAUGUAAUAUGUAAUAUAUUUUUGCCCUUUUAUUAAAGCAUUACAGCAUUA